AAAAACAAUAGAAUUUCUAUAUAUGUCGAGUUUGUUGAGUUUUUAAUCGCCGCAAUUGGAUACGACAAAAUGUAAGUUACGAUGACGAACGCGCAGGCUCGUGGAGGGCGCGAACGGUCUCGAUCAGAGACGUGACAGAGUGAAACGGAACAGAGCGAAAGAGCGUUGCUAAAUAUAAUACGUGAAGGCACGCGAUUCUUUAACGGUUGGGGAUCGCAGAGUGGUCAUGAACAUCCGAAAGCACAAACAUCACCGUCGGUAGUGAUCUCGUUAUAUUUGUCGCAGAGAUAGACACCUAGUUUCCACUUAAAAAAGCCAGGACAUAUCCAGAGAACAAAGCUCGGUUUGGCUUGACAGAAGAAUAUCAGUUAAUCGCGUGAUUGUGCAUGAGUGAAGAUUUUUGGAGGACGGUGGUUCUAUAUGUAUUUUAGAUAUCCUACCGAUGUCGUCUCUGUCGCGUGAUAACCGGCUAAAAUACAGAAAUGAAUAUUCAGAAGCCCGAGGGUCUUUUAUCGGUGGUUUUACCUACUGAACUCGCCUCUUCGGUCAGUUCACGACAGCUGAUUAUAAAUCAGGACCAACAGGAUGAAGAAGCAUCGGAUUGCCCGCUUUUGACCCCUAGCCCCCCUGGCGUGGAACCGAGCAACGCCUUGGAAUCUGGCGCGAUUUUCGUUUCUCUUGAAGGAAAUCCAGUCGAAUCGAUUCCACCGCCGACGCUCGAGAACAUUAAUAAAGAGGAUGGACUUAACGAAUUCAUGAAUAUAGUGAACAGCUCGAGCAGAGUGCUAAACGAUGAACCUAGUUCUCGUGAUCCGAUGGUGGAAUCGACUAGCAGCGGCAGCAGCAGCGACACAAAUGGUCCCGUUUGUGCACAAUUGUUGACGCAAUUGAACACGGCCUAUCAACAUCUUGCUCCCGAUGCUCAAGCACUGGAGAACGGAGGGAAACCACCGUUGGUUGGGAUUCAACUGGUGGUGCCAAAGCCAUCCAAGGAUUAUCGUUUCAUGAAAUGGAACUGGCCUCUCAUACGAAAGACUUGCUUCUGGUCGUUGAUGUCGGUACUAGCUGGAUGUACGGCCCUCGUCAUCGGUGUUAUCGCUACGAUGCCAAGAAAGUGCGAUCCAACGGUGCAAUGGUGGCAGGGUAGCGUCUUCUACGAGAUAUUCCCAGCAUCUUUCCAAGACUCGUCGAAAGGCGGUGACGGUAUCGGCGAUAUUCGGGGCAUCACGAUGCGUCUGGAUUAUUUAAAAGAAUUAGGUAUUCGAGGGAUUCGUUUAAACUCCAUCUUCCCAGCAGCGCAUUAUCCGGAGUACUACUCGAACAUCGACAACCUGACAGACCUGAACGAACACCUGGGAACCCUGGACGACUUUGCUACGUUGGUUCGUCAAGUUCAUCGUCGAAACAUGACCAUCCUCUUGGAUCUACCUUUGUAUCCAUUCGUAAAGACAUUGGUCGAGGACGAUGCGUCUGUUGGCAAGAUAAACAAAACGGAGAAAGCAGUACGCUUCGAGCGCGAAAGAAGAGACGUUACCGAUAAUGAUGACAAUGAUGACGACGACCCGGUCCUGAAGGAUAUCGCACCGACGACGCCUUCCAUGUCGGUUCAAGCGAUCCGGGAGGCUCUAUCCUCGAUACCACCUCCUUUAGACCAAUCACAGCACGAAGCUCUCUUCUCGAAUCCUCUGAAAGCUGUAACAGAGAACUCGGUUACUAUCGCGAUCAGGACUUGGUUGCAAAGAGGAGUCGAUGGAUUCUAUUUGAAAGGAUUGGAGCAUUACGUGGACGAAGACUCGUUUGCGAGUAAUCUGAAACAUUGGAAGUCGAUUUUAGGAUCCGAAAGAAUACUUAUUUGUCACGUGAACGCAUUGAACGCUGCCAAGACUGUCGCUUCGAGGAACUCGAUUUUGACCAGGAUAGAUCUGCUCGACGUUACGUUGCGCGUUGCGAAUGGUACGAAAGAGAUUAAGAGACAAGUGGAGGAUAUUACCAGAGGUGUGCUGUUCGAGAAAGCUGGUUAUCCUUGGGUACACUGGUCCAUCGGUGGCGUGGACUCUGCGAGGAUAGCCUCUACCAUUAGCGUGAAGAAUGCCACCAUGGCUGCUACUUUGUUAGGGAUGAUGCUUCCGGGAACGCCGAGUAUAUUUUACGGAGACGAGAUAGGUAUCGUAGACUGCGAAUGCGAGGAUCACAAGGAUCUUUCUCACGUGCAUAAUUUGGCUCCCAUGUACUGGGAAAAGAACGACGGGUCUGGUAAUAAAUUUGCGUCGAUCGGUGUUACCGCGUGGCUUCCGGAAGCCACGAAACCAUUAGAGACAAGUCUGAUGGGAACAAUUGCCGAAAUGGCGGAUCUCCGAUCUCAAACUACCCCGAUUUACGUUAAAGCGGUGCUAAAGCAGAACCAGGUGCUGGCGAAUUGUGAUAUUAGAUACGCGGACGACGAAAUGAUCGUAAUAGAACGAUGGUACCCACGCCGAAAUUCCUACGUUUUUGUAGCGAAUUUAGGGAACGAGACGCAAACAAAGGAUUUAUCCUUUCUUUACUAUGGCGGCCAUGUCGUGGUUGGUCCAACGUACAGAUUGAAUCGAGACGUCUACUUCAAAGAACUUAUUAUACCUCCGGGAGAGGCUUUCGUCAUAAAGCUCGAUAAAUAAGGAUCUAAUACGAAAUCGAAAUCUAUACGUAACACGAUAUCUAUUCGUCUUUUUUAAUUGAUGUUUUAACGUAAAUUUGUGAUAUUUCGUUUGGAUAUCCCGUUGACGUUGCGAACGUUGUACAACGAAUAUUGAAAUGCAAAAGUUCCUAUUUAUUGCAAAAAUCAAGUGAAUCGAGUCACGGUUGGAGAGAAGAUGAAUCAAAAAAUCAUUGUAAAUCAAAAUUUAGAUUAAAUUUUUAGUCCUGUUAAUGAUAUCGAUGAAGCACAACGAAUGUUCGAGCAUUUCACAUUCCAAAAAGAAAAAAAAAGUUACAUAGAUAGUUUUCACGUUCGUUUGUGUUCAUCUUUGACGAUGAAAUUUCUCGAAUCAGUCAUUGCUCCACUAUUUUGUACGUCCUAAUUGUUUUGAUAAUAAAAGUAAAGAUACUUGCGGCUCUAUUAAUUAUUAUUCUUAAUCGUACUAUAACUUCGAUUUGAAUAUCGAGCUGUUUUACGUACAAGGAAUUUUCUUUGUAUCGUCGAACAGUUUUUUUUUUUUUUUUAAAUCUCAGGUCGAUUUGAAGCUAAUACGAUAAUAUUUUUAUAAUAUAUUUUAUCGCGCAAACUGUUCGCAACGUGUGUAAUUUUCACUUCUUUUAUAUUAUAGCCAAUUUCGUACCGACCGAAUAAUGUUUUAUCGAUGCGUUAAUUAAAUGGUGCUUAUGCGAAAUCAAA